AACACUUCCCAUUACAAAUAAACACAAAAACAAAGAAAGAGAAAUAAUCUAUUGUUCCUUCUUUGCUAAAUAAUAUCUCAUCAUAUUUGCCAAAACUAUACUUUUUACAUAGAACCAUGUCUUUCUCAACCAAAUUGCCUUUGGUUUUGUUACUUUCUUCUUUUCUCAUCCAUACAUCUUUUGCUAUGAUGGUAUGUGAGGACUUGCCAAAGGAAGUGUGUGCUUUCUCAGUAGCUUCAUCAGGAAAGAGAUGUUUGUUGGAGACUGAGAAGAAUAUCAAUGGUGAAACCGAGUAUCAAUGCCGAACAUCUGAAGUUAUGGUGGAGAGAAUAGCAGCAUACAUAGAGACAGAUCAAUGUGUGGAAGCAUGUGGUGUUGAUAGAAGUUCUGUUGGUAUUUCAUCUGAUGCUUUCUUUGAGCCUUACUUCACAAGCAAGCUUUGUUCUCCAUCUUGUUUCUCUAAGUGUCCCAAUAUUGUUGACCUUUUCUUUAAUUUGGCUGCUGGAGAAGGAGUAUUUUUGCCGGAACUUUGUGAGAAACACAAGACCAACCCUCGUCGUGCUACAAUUGAACUUACUAGCUCAGGAGCUGCACUUGGUCCUGCUUCAUCGAUUUCACAGGAUAUUGCGUUAGCACCUGCAGCUGCACCUAUUUCUGAGAUUUCAGAGGACAACGUGCCCCCACAAAAACAACCCCUCUGUGAGGAUAGUCCUUUGCAAUUGAAUGUCACCGCAUGUGGUCAAACUCCGUGAAAGAAGAUUGAAUAAUGGAGAGGAUCUCAAUCAUGUUGGCAUGUAAUAAUCAAGAUUGAAAUAGUUUGUGCUUGGUAUUGUUUCAUUUUUAUGUUAUGUAAUAUGUUUACAAUUUCAGAUUUGUUUAAGUUCUUGGUAACUCAUUUGAUAUCUAUCGUAAAUUUUGUAUCAAUAAAUUAUGUACUUGCUUAAAACAAUGAUGUAUCAUAAAUUAAGAUCAUAUUUGAUUCCCCUUUGUCUUAA